AUGAAACAUUCUCUCCAUCUCGGGCCGUCACAGCUCACCCUGCUCUUCCUCGCCCUCCUCUGCCCCGUCCCACCCACAGUCACAUCCUACCCCCACCUCCCCCCCGCCCUCCAGCCCACGGGGGAUGGAGCUCAGCUGGAGUCCAACCUGCUGCACCUCCAGGCUGCUCUGGAUGACCCGAGGGCCGAGUGGCUCUUCCGGCCUGAGACCUGGGCCGAGUGGCCUCAAGACUCCAGGGAAGCUCUGCUGAAACGCAGGGAGGAAGGGGAGGGGAAGGAGGGGGGGGAGGGCCGCUCCUGGGAGGAAGAAGCACUGCGGAGGGUCCAGAGAGGAGACCUGUUACACCGGCUGCUGUCACCCUUCCCCGGGGGUCACUCUCUGGAGAGCAUGAACUAUCAGGAGGGAGGUGAAGCGGAGGAUGGAGGCAAGAGGAACGAAGCUCUGACCUCCAUCGCUGGAGGUCUGCAGGCCGUGAGCCGCGAGAAAGGAGGAUUUGGAUUCCGCUUUGGGAGGAAAAGAUGGACUGACAGGGGAUGGAUGGAUUAA